AUGCCUGGCAGAGAUCGACGCCUCUCCUCCGUGGGCCCCUGUGAAGUCGUGCCGCUCUCAGGCGAGCUACCGUGCCCCGAACCUGGAGGGUACAAAGAGCGUCCCCGCCUCUGCCCCACCCACCACAAUGAGUACGUCCGCCUCACGGCGGAAUACCACGCGACUACCGAUGGAGCAAAGAGCCUGUACAAGCACGUUCGCGCCUUGAAAUUGAACGAUCCGACAUUGGUCCGGAAUCUUUCGGCUGCUGAGGUCGAAGCGGCAAUGGUGACUACGAGGGAUUGCAUCGACAUAAUCAACAAGGAGAUCCGCGAGCGACGGGAGCAUCACACUCGGUUCUUCGUUGAAUUGGACGACGGGCACGAAGAGCGCAUCAAGAAGCAGCGCAUAAAGCUGGCUGAGGUAGAGGACAUCGCAUCGAGACUACGCCGCCGCAAGACUGCACUCGCCAAAGGCCCGAGACGACGUGCCGAGACAGCGCGCCGUCGAGGAGACCCGCUACGGCGUUCUCGUAGUAUCGGAACGACUAAAUCACCUACAGUCAAUGCCGAAACUUCCGACUAUAGCUGCUUCCCGAUGUUCGGAACCGGUCACACUCCGCCUGAAGCUACGCCGAGGCCCCUGUGCGUCGCAUUUCUUGCCAACGACGCCCGCUAUGCUCCCGUACGCUGCGCCAGGGCGGGCGCGUACAGUUCUCUCCGUUGUCAAGAGCACCAGGACGAGUACGCUCAGGCCCUUUCUGCACUCUGUACUAUGGAGAAAGAGUAUACCGACAUGGGCGCGACCGUCUACUACAUCAGAUAUCCGGAUCCGAGCAGCGUCAGCGCUCAAACGCUCUCUGAAGACAUCCCCCGGCUCACUCGGUACCUCUCGCUUGCGGACAGUAUCACAGCGCUGUCAGGGAAGCUGAGCAGGUUGGACGGAUACUCCAAAGCGGCAAGCUUGUACCGCGAUGUAGAUAUGGCGAUCUAUGGUCUGAGCCGGGGUGUCGUUGAGAAUCUCCGGACCCAACUGGUGAACACUAAAUCGGAGUUGCUCAGGUCCAAGCCAGUACAGGCGACGAAUAAACCAGUUGCGGCGACGCCUACGCAGUACAGGCGGGAGACGCAGGAUCCAUACCGGACAAACCCGCAGGCGACAAACCCCAAGUGUCACUCGGAAGACGAGGGCCUUGGUUGGGGCGCUGUAAUCAGCACAGCCGAGAAGAUGUAUUCGCAGGUGAUGGCGUUCUUAGAAGGCCCAGGGCGAUUAAGGGCGUUUCAGGGGAUCCGGGAGGUAGGCGACGCGAUCAAGGUGUCUGACCGCGCUUUCGGUGCGCUCGAGAAAGAAAUCCAAAGGCGCGAGGAACACCACAGACGGUUCUUCCCUCAAAUGGACGAUGGCCACAGGCUGCGGAUCGAAUUCUUGCGGGGGCAGCAGCAGAGCGUGCAGGCGGUGGUGGGGAUGCUGGUCAACCGCAAGCGCGAACUUAUCGAGGGGGAAAGAGCGCGCGCCGUCGCCCGCCGGAACAAACUUCAAGUUGCAGGCGGUUUAGCCCCACACGAGGCUGCUAUUGCGUGCUGGACGCUUUUAGCGAUCAACCUCAGACUGAAGUUCGGAAAUGCGCAGAGAUGA